AUGCUCAAACUAGCCCUAGUCCUCAACUCCCACGGCUUCGACCCAGUGCUCGUCACCCCGGAAUUCAUCCACCGCAGGAUCUCUCCCGUGGAUGAUCAGACGACGGUGGAGGUGAUCACGUACGUUUCGAUACCGGACGGCUUGGGCGCCGAUGGUGGUGCGCCUCGCGACUUCUUCUCGGUUGAAAAGGCCAUGGAGGACGGCAUGGCAGCCCACCUGGAGCGGCUUGUGAGGGAGCUUGACGUGGCGUUGAUGGUGGUCGACUUGCUGGCCUCGUUCGCUAUCGAAGUGGGGAUCCGGUGCGGGGUCCCGACCAUGGGAUUCUGGGUCGCCAUGCUCACGACCUACAAGCUGGUUGCGACAAUCCCGGAAUUGGUCCGACAAGGUCACAUCUCAAAUUGUGGAAUACCCCAGAAAGAAAGCGAGAUACAUCAAAACCCAUCGUUGACCACCCAAGACCUGCCGUGGCUGAUCGGGCCGGUCAACGCCCAGAAAGCAAGAUUCAAGUUCUGGACUCGGACUCUUCGCCGGUCGAAAUCUCUCCGGUGGCUCCUGGUCAACUCCUGCCCCGAGGAGGAAGAGAAAGCUCCGAUCCAGUGCUCCCGAGGCUACCCCUCGAUCGUCCCCAUCGGGCCGAUGACCGUCCAUUCCUUGUUGACAAAGAACCCUAGCUUCUGGGAAGAAGACACCACCUGCCUGACCUGGUUGAAGGAUCAAGAGGCAAACUCAGUGAUCUACGUCUCGUUCGGCAGUUGGGUCAGUCCCAUCGGACGCGACAAAGUCGCCAGCCUCGCCCUCUCACUCGAGUCUACACGGCGGCCCUUCCUUUGGGUGCUGAGACUGUCAUGGCGCGAGGCCUUGCCACAUGGCUUCCUGGAGAGGGUCCGCAGCCAGGGCAGGGUCGUGUCAUGGGCCCCGCAGGUGGAGGUCCUGCGGGACGGGGCGAUCGGGUGCUUCAUAACACACUGCGGGUGGAACUCGGUGGUGGAGGCAGUCCAGUUUGGGAGAAGGAUGCUGUGCUGGCCCGUGGCAGGGGAUCAGUUUGUGAACUGCAAGUACAUUGUCGAGGCGUGGCGCAUCGGGGUGAGGCUGGGAGGGUUUGAGGAGAGGGAGGUCAAGGACGGUGUGAAGUGGGUCAUGGAGGAUGGCGAUAUUGGGGUAAGGUUGGCGGAGCUGAAGGAGAGGAUGAUGAUGGCAAAGGCGAGCUCCAGAGUGGUGGCGAAUAUGGCAGGCUUCGUCGAAGACCUCAAGAGAAUGACGGAGGAUGAUUCCCUGUAA